AUGGGCGUAGUGCGUGAGGACCUUCCACCUCGGAAGAAUUUGAAUAUCCUUUGGAAAACCGCCGUCUGCAUUUUCGGCGAAUAUAGCGGGCAGGAUAAUGGUAGGAUCACAGAUGGCUUCCAUGGAGCUGAAACUAUCGUUAUCUAUAGAAGGUCUUUCACUCAAGAUGAUGGGGAAGAGAUUCUGAAGGAGUAUUACAUUCCAGACUAUAUACUACUUCCUGACGCAGAAACCAAAGAACGUUGUGACAUCCCUGAAUGCCCUGUGGUCGUGUUCAUCAAUGCAAAAAGUGGUGGGCAGCUGGGAGGUGAACUUUUGCUAACCUGCCGUCGUCUUUUAAACAAGAAUCAGGUAUUUGAUCUGGGGGACAAGGCACCCGAUAAAGUGCUCCACCAGCUUUAUUUCAAUUUGGAGAAGCACAAGCGAAAUGGAGAUGACUUGUCUGCUGAAAUUCUAAGAAAAUUACGUGUCAUAGUUGCUGGAGGGGAUGGAACAGCUGGGUGGCUCCUUGGAGUGGUUUCUGAUCUUAAUCUAUCACAUCCACCACCAAUUGCUACUAUGCCAUUAGGAACUGGGAAUAAUAUCCCCUUUUCAUUUGGUUGGGGGAAAAAGAAUCCCGGCACAAACUAUCGAUCUGUCAAGGCAUUCUUGGAACAAGUAAAGCAUGCAAAAGAGAUGAAAGUUGACAGCUGGCAUAUUCUCAUGAGGAUGAAGGCUCCUAAAGAAGGUCCAUGUGACCCUAUUGGACCUCUUGACUUACCACACUCAUUGCAUGCCUUUAACCGUGUCUCCCCAGCAGAUGAAAUGAAUGAGGUUCAGGCAAACUCUGCCCUUACUGCUAUAACAAUAAGUCGUAUGGAUGCCCAGGUUUCUUAUGCAUUUCACUCGGAGAGAAAAUUGCAUCCAGAAAAGUUUAAGAAUCAGUUUGUUAAUCAGACUACUUAUGCAAAGAUUAGCUGUAAGCAAGGAUGGUUUUGCACGUCCCUCAAGCAUCCAUCUUCAAGAAACAUCGCCCGGUUGGCGAAGGUUAAAAUCAUGAAAAAACCAGGUGAAUGGAUAGAUCUCCACAUACCACGGAGCAUCAGGUCCAUUGUCUGCAUUAACUUGCCUAGUUUCUCUGGGGGCCUUAAUCCUUGGGGAAGACCCAGCAAACAGAAGCUUCAUUCAAGGGACUUGACUCCACCAUACGUUGAUGAUGGGUUUUUUGAGGUAGUUGGUUUUCGGGAUGCGUGGCAUGGGCUUAUCUUGUUCGCCCCUAACGGCCACGGGACUCGUCUUGCACAGGCGAACAGAAUCCGUUUUGAGUUUCGAAAGGGUGCCACCACACACACGUUUAUGAGGAUCGAUGGCGAGCCAUGGAAACAGCCCCUUCCAAUGGAUGACGACACCGUAAUAAUCGAGAUCUCGCACUUUGGCCAGGUCAGCGUCCUCGCUAACGUGCACUGCCAGUCAAGAAGCAUAAACAUGCAAUACUCUCCUUAUUCGCCACACAGUUCGGAGGAGGAUGGGUCCAACCGCAACGAGGAAUUAUCCCAAGAAGGCUCGGAAGAAAGGAAAAAGUUUGGGGCAGCUGAUACUUUCCAACUGCCGGACGAUUUCAAUGUUGACUGUCUUAGUUGACCAGGUUUUUCUGCGGAAGUGCUGAUUGAACUUUGUUUAAGGUACAGAAUUCUCUGGGAUCUAAUUAGUGAUGAUUGAAGUUUGUUUAGGAUACAGAAUUCUUUGGGAUGUAAUUAGGUUUAAUUGAACUUUGUUUAGGAUACAUAAUUCUCUGGGAUGUAAUUAGUGAUGAUUGAACUUUGUUUUGGAUACAGAAUUCUCUAAAAUAUAAUUUUGUGCAGUAGGUGUCGACUAAAUAACUACAUUGCGUAUGAAUAAUGUUCUUCUCUGUUGAUUUUAUGGGAGGUGUAAGGUGAGGAUUUUACCUGGGGCCAUGUUUUCUUCAGUAAGAAUGGAGUUGCAAGGAGUGUUUGGUUGUGAUUAGAGCCGAGCAUGGGACUCGGAGAGUAAUUACUCCGAACCGAAA